AUGUCAGACACAUCUGCCCUGCUGAAGGCUGGCAUGGCACUAAGGACAGUGAUGGUACUGGUGAUGGUGGUGGGGUGUUUAGGAGACCAAUCGUGUUCCCUACUGGGCCAAACCACUCUGCCUGUGCUGUCUGCUGAUGGGGACUUUAACAUCGGGGGAGUGUUCUCCAUACACAGCCAACCUCUCUUCAAGGUCCAUUCAUUCACCUCUAUACCAGAGAAGACAGCCUGUAUCAGCUUUAACCUGCGUGAAUUCCAGUUUGCUCAGACAUUGAUCUUUGCCCUGGAGGAGAUCAACAACCGUAGUGAUCUGUUGCCUGGUUUAUCUCUGGGUUACCAGGUCUAUGACUCCUGCGCAUCUGUGCCUUUGGCCAUUCAAUCAGCCCUGGCACUAAUGAACAGCCCAGGGAUUCAUGACAGUCUGAGUGAACCCUCCUCUUGUUCCAGUCAUCCAGCAGUGCUGGGAAUCGUAGGGGAGUCCAGCUCCACUCCUACCAUUGGAAUAUUAUCUGUAGCUGGACCAUUCAGCAUGCCUGUGAUCAGCCACUUCGCCACCUGUGAUUGUCUGAGUAACAGAAAAAAAUACCCUUCUUUCUUCAGAACCAUCCCCAGUGACCUCUAUCAGAGCAAAGCUUUAGCAAAGCUGGUGAAGCACUUUGGCUGGACCUGGGUUGGUGUGGUGAACAGCAAUAAUGACUAUGGCAACAACGGAAUGGCCACCUUCAUAGAGUCUGCACAUCAGGAAGGGGUCUGUGUGGAAUACCAAGAGGCAAUCUACCGCACAGACUCCAAAGAGAAGCUCCUGAAGACGGUAAGGGUGAUGAGGAGAGCCACAGCCAGGGUUGUGGUACUAUUCGUGGGACUGGGGGACCUAAUCCCCCUGCUGAAUGAGCUGGCCCAUGAAGGGGACCCAGGGCUGCAGUGGGUUGGCAGUGAGUCCUGGAUCACAGCAAGAAUUCUGGCGGAGAAACAGUCAUACGGCUUCCUGAGGGGGGCAGUGGGUUUUGCCAUUGGAAACGUCAAGCUGGAUGGUCUGGAGGGGUUCCUUGACAGUGUCCACCCUUCACAGGACCCAGACAAUGCCCUGCUGAGGGAGUUCUGGGAGACGGUGUUUCAGUGCUCCUUCAAAAGGAGCAGAGAGGAAAACAGAGGCACAUUGUGCACUGGGGCAGAGAGCUUAGCAGGGCUGAAGAACCAGUACAAUGACGUGUCAGAUCUUCGAAUUUCCAGCAAAGUGUACACAGCUGUAUAUGCUAUCGCACACUCUUUGCACAACAUACAGACAUAUUUAAAAAAUGACAGUGGCAGAAGCAACAGAUCAGUUCCUACCUACACACCACAGCAGGUGCUGGACUACCUAAGGGAGGUGAGGUUUACAAUGAAGACAGGAGAGGAGAUAUUGUUCAAUGGCCACGGGGACACAGUGGCGCGAUACGAAUUGAUAAACUGGCAGCAGGAGGCGGAUGGGACCCUUAAUUUCCAUUCAGUUGGACUGUAUGACACUUCGAUGCCCCCUGAAAAAACUUUGAUAAUCAACCAGAAGAAAAUGGUCUGGGCAGGCGGCCAGGCAGAGGUGCCUGUUUCAGUUUGCAGUCAGAGCUGUCCUCCUGGUACUCGUAAGGCCGUGCAGAAAGGAAAGCAUGUUUGCUGUUAUGACUGUAUACCGUGUGCUGAGGGAGAAAUCAGCAAUAUCACAGAUUCUAAUGUGUGCUAUCAUUGUGACUUGGAGUAUUGGUCAAAUGAGAAAAGGAAUCUCUGUGUGUUGAAACCUGUUGAAUUCCUCUCCUUUGAAGAAAUCAUGGGUAGAGUUCUGGUCUGUUUCUCCUUGUUUGGGACUGGUGUUACUACCCUGAUAGCUGUUGUGUUUUUUAUACAUAGAGACACUCCAAUUGUCAGGGCCAACAAUUCUGAGCUGAGCUUCCUGCUCCUUUUCUCCUUGACUCUGUGUUUUCUGUGUUCUCUUACUUUCAUUGGCCGGCCCUCUGAGUGGUCCUGUAUGUUGCGCCACACAGCAUUUGGAAUCACCUUUGUCCUCUGUAUCUCUUGUGUUCUGGGGAAAACACUAGUGGUGUUGAUGGCCUUCAGGGCUACACUUCCAGGCAGUAAUGUCAUGAAAAUGUUUGGUCCUCCACAGCAGAGAUUCAGUGUUCUAGCAUUUACUCUCAUACAAGUCCUGAUCUGUGUUAUUUGGUUGACAAUCUCUCCUCCAUUCCCAUACAAGAAUAUGUUGCACUAUAAAGAAAAGAUCAUUCUCGAGUGUAAUGUGGGUUCACCUUUUGGUUUCUGGGCUGUGUUGGGGUAUAUAGGACUCCUGGCUCUAUUGUGCUUUGUGUUGGCUUUUCUGGCUCGGAAGCUGCCUGAUAACUUUAAUGAGGCCAAAUUCAUCACCUUCAGCAUGCUGAUCUUCUGUGCAGUCUGGAUCACCUUUAUCCCUGCUUAUGUCAGCUCUCCUGGAAGGUUCACUGUGGCUGUAGAGAUAUUUGCUAUUUUGGCCUCCAGUUUUGGUUUACUUUUCUGCAUAUUUGCUCAUAAAUGUUUUAUUAUAUUACUGAGGCCAGAGAGGAACACCAAGAAACAUGUUAUGGGUAAAACUACCAAUGAUAUACAUGUACAUUAUUAA